AUGAGGCAACAACAUGAAUCGGAACUUGAAAUGGAAUUAAUUCCAAGGCAAACAUCGAUUGGAAUUGAUUCAGCAUCUGUUUCAUCAUCAACAACAAUAUCAUCAUCAUCGCCUUCGUCGUCAUCAACGAAAUCACCAUUUGGUUUCAUGAACAGCUCAUCGACAGUUUGGUUCAUUCCAAUAAUAUUUGCACUAGCUACUUUUUACAUGUAUAUUUUAUCGACAAAUGCUCCACCACUAAACACCGAAGCUGACAGUUACGAUAUUGAAUAUUGA